UCUCCCACUCUCCCUCCCAUUCUUCAUUCCCCACACGCAAAAUAUUUCCACCUGAAAAUCAAGUUUCUCUCUCUAACUUCAAUUAAAGCUGUUAAAUUCCCUCUAUUUUUCUUCCCAUUUCAGCUCGAUUGCGUCUUAGGGUUUCCAAUCAGGUCAGUGAACUGUUAUUAAGCUGGAUUUGAUCCUCCAUAACUUUCUCAUCGCAUCGCAGAGUCUCUAUCCGACGUUGUUCUGGAUGCGAUUUGGACGGGAUAAAUGGCUUCGAUUCGGAGAACUCUUUCGCCGUACAACGACCGAUCGCACCAGAACGGUCUCAAUACUACAUUCUCGCCGCAAUCUCCGUCGCAGAAGCUGUUUUCCCAAGGCAGGAAAACUCUCUCUCCUAUUCGUAGAUUUGUCGCCGGAGUCUUCUUCCGGAAGCACCAGCCUCGGAAGAGUUUUCAGUUUUCCUGGAGAAAACCGUUUUUCCGCUGCUUCAUGUGCUUCUUCUUAGGGUUUUUGCUCGGCAUGGCGCCCUUCAAUAGCGAUUUUAAUGAAUUGAGUGGUGAUUUCAGGAAGAGUGAUUUCUCGUUGGAAAUGAAGCCGGAGGUGGUGAGUGUUCAGAGGAGCGCGGGCGAUUUAGCUUCUGUUGAGAAGCCGAAGGAGGAUGAUUUGUUGAUCGGUGCUGUUGAAUUAGGUGUGGUUGAGAGGGCUGAUAAAACUGAUAUGAAGAAGGUUUUGGAUUUUGUGCCUGGGAGACAGUUGAUUGUGGUCACUCCAACUUAUAGUAGGGCGAUUCAGGCGUACUAUUUGACUAGGUUAGGACAGGUCUUGAGAUUGGUCAAACCGCCAGUGUUGUGGAUUGUGGUGGAGCUAAACGAGGCAUCGAAGGAGACUGCCGAGAUUUUGAGAAGUUUGGGAAUUAUGUAUAGGCAUUUGGUUUGUGUGAAAAAUACUACAGAUGUAAAGGAUAGGGGUGUGCACCAGCGGAAUACUGCACUUGAACAUAUAGAGAGGCAUAAGCUCGACGGGAUGGUGUAUUUUGCUGAUGAUGAUAACAUCUACUCACUUGAGCUAUUUGAAAGCAUGAGAGAAAUCAGUCGUUUUGGCACUUGGCCUGUUGGCAUGCUGGCUCAAAGCAAAAAUAAAGCAAUAUUGGAAGGCCCUGUAUGCAAUGGAAGUCAAGUAAUAGGAUGGCACACAAAUGAAAAGAGCAAAAGACUCCGCAGAUUCCAUGUGGAUAUGUCAGGGUUUGCUUUCAAUAGCAGCAUAUUGUGGGAUCCCAAGAGAUGGCAUCGACCAACUUCAGAUCCUAUCAGGCAGUUAGACACUGUAAAGGAGGGUUUCCAAGAAACAACUUUCAUAGAACAGAUUGUGGAAGAUGAAAGUCAGAUGGAAGGUAUUCCUCUAGGUUGUAACAAGAUAAUGAAUUGGCACCUCCAUCUAGAAGCACGCGGACUUGCAUAUCCUAAGGGCUGGGUGCUACCAAAGAAUCUUGAUGUAGUUAUUCCUUCCAAGUGAUAUAAUUUGACCUGAUGGGAUUACAUGUCUCUUCUUUGGUCUGUGAGUCAAAAAGUCUGGCGAUGCAUAUGCCUAAGCUGCUAACUGAUGCUACUACUCCUCGUGCUGUUCAAAUUGAUUAUUACGGAGUACUAUUUUUAUGCGAUUGUUGUCUUCCACCCUCUAGAACCUAGGGAAUUUCCGUGGGUCGUUUUUGCUUGGGGUAUAGUAAACGAACCAAUCUCACAGAUCUUUUAUGGAUACUAGUAAGGGCAUGCAUCAUAUGUACUAGAAUUUUUAAUGUGUAGUUUAUAUAAUUGUAAUGAAAAUUUCUGAUUGUACAAUGCUACUAGGAUAAUUGUUACUAGACUAUGUAACCUCCCAACAAAUUAUUAAAACCUUCAUGAUUAUGAUAUAUGGCAGUGCUUUAUUACUUCAGAAGGGAUGUUCAGGCGUAUUCUUUUGGUUAUCAAGCGUGUAUACUCUACUAAAACAAAGUUUGUCAACGCUCUUCUAGAAAUACGUAUAUAAAUGGGAUAAAAUGGGGAAAAAACAGUUUGUAAGAAUAAGCUCUUUAUACAUGUGUAUUCAUUCAGAAUGGCAGAAAAUUGGAAGAAAAUAUAUAGUUGAUUAGAUAUAACGUGUUUUACAUCUAUGCAUAUAGUUACAGGUACCUCGUUUCUCCUUUAUCUUCCUUCAGUAACGUAAUUAUUGAAUUUUGGAAUUCUAAAGCUGGUGUCAACCAUGACCCUGAUAGAAACUCCGUAACUAACAAAGAACAUAGAGCACUUGCCAGCAUGAUGAUUUAAUUUGGCCUUAUGGCAUAGUCAGCUGCUU